UCUGACCGUUUCCCACUCCGUCUAUUGUGUCUGCUUCCCUGUUUACAUUUGGAAAAAUGUCUUCUUUCAAACCACUAGUCGAUUUGCUCCAUUUAUAUAUUAUGAAUGAAAGUCCUCAUUAACCUUGAAGUAUUGCUUUUCUAAGUCAUGCUUUCUAAACAUUGGCCACUGUUCCCGCUUUGAGAGAGCAUGCAUUUGUUACUUCUGGUUUACAACAACCCUUUGGUUAGGGCACAAUGGAUGUGUUAAACACCCACCUCCCUAAAAUUCUUGAUUUAGCCAAGAACUUUAAUUUGGAUUUAAGUGGGGUAUUGGCAGGUUAUGCUCAGAAACUCCAUGAUGAUGUACCCGAACUCAUGGAGAAUUUUAGCUUCCCAGAAGCUGCACUGCUCCUACAGCAUUGUGCUGAAAUUUAUGGGCGGAAAGUGGACUAUGUCCACACGCUUGCGUUGGAACUGUGUGAAAAUAUGAACAGCCGUAUGUAUGCGCCUGAAUCAGCACAGGGACAAGGUGCUGCAGAACCUGCUUCAAUUUCACCAAAGAAAUUAGCUAACGCACGCAAGAAGAAAACUGUUUCAAUUAUAUCAACUGAAGAUUUUAAAAUGAAUUCUUUUUCCUUAGAAAAGCCCAACACAUUUCACAGGGGGCGAAAGAAAAAGAAGAAAAAGCACUGUGCUGAAGCAGUUUGUGUCAGACUUGCUGCUGUCAAUUUGCCCUCACAUGAGUUUCAUAUCUAUGAUGAUGAUGCGUUUGCCAGUAUUGGCACAAAAGACCAAUUUAGAUUAAAUUGGCCUAUUGAGCAGAAUUGUAGAUUAGAAGAGUACAUUCUAGAUGAAGGCUCAGGAAACUUAUGGAAUGUGUGUGAUGUGGGUGUUUCUAAUAUGCCCACUCCCGAAUACAGUGAUGAUGGUGCACGAUGUCCCUCACCUAGAUCAUUACUCACAUCUCCAGGAUCUAAUAUAAAUGUAGACUGUGGCCAAACACCUGAUUGUAGCCAAAUAUCAGACAGCAAUGAAAUUGCUGAUAGUGAAAUACCUGAUAGCAAUGACAUUCCUGAUUGCAAUGAAUUCCUUGAUUCUAGUCAAACAAAUUGUGACAUAGCUGAGGUUACCACUGUUCAGGAGUUGCGUAAAUCUGGGGCUCCCAGUAAAGAAAAUCUGGUUGACAACACUACUAAAGAUCAAGCCAAAGAAAAAUCUAAGAGCGCUAAGACCACAUUCAAGCUUCCCUAUGAAUUAACUAAAAAGGGUUUAAAAGAAGCAAAACCGGAGGGAAAUAUUACAUUAUUUCUCUUUUCUGAUCUUCUUAAAAGAAGUUUAGGGAUUAAAGGUCCUCUUCCACCUGUUUCUAAAAAUAAAAAUGCAGACAAUAAACUCAUUGAAAAACAUAUUGAUUUUCUGAAGAAAAAGUACAAAUUAGGAACAAAAUCAUUGGAUACUGGAAGCUUACUAGAAGAGCAAACUGAUUUCCUUGGGUUUGAUGAAGAACCAUUGCCAGACAUUCCUGAUGUUUUGAUGCCUAUUGGACAGUCAAGUGAGCACGGAAAGACAGUCAAAUCUUCCAAAAGUAAAGUUGCUGACAGAAUUGUUGAUUUUGAGGAUUAUGGACAUCAUGAUGAUGACUGGGAUGCAGACAACAUUCCACAUGACAACACUUCUCAUGACAACACUUCAUUUCAAGAGGACACUCAGCCAAGAAGGCCUACAAUCGAUGAACAAGGUGUCAGAAAUUGGCGACAAUUUAUUCAGGGUAAAUUGGCUGCAGAGGAAGAACAGAAGCCCUUUGAUGUUCAUUCUUAUGGAUCUGACAUCAUUAAUGCUUUCCACCAUGUUGGUGAAACAUUGCCUUUUGAAGCUAUUGUUGGUGGGAUGGACGUCCGAGAAAUUGGGCGUUACUUUGUUUCAUCCCUGAUGCUAGCUAAUACAACUAAUUUAAAUAUUGAAGACAGUGGGAAACCCAAUACUCUGAGGAUGACUUUACAAAAAACUGAGAGGUUUCAUGAUAUGGAGGACAUUCUAGUCCCACCCUCGGUAGGUGGAUUGGAGAAACAGUCUCCCCAGAAGCAAUCUCAAGCAAAGAGGAAGUCCCAGUCAAAUUUAGAGGAAGAGGAGGAAUCUACUCAACAUAGGUACCUAAAGCAAAUACCUGGCAAAGGCCCAUGGAGAAAUAAAAGUAAAAAAGGGAGAGAGUUUGAUUGAUUUGUAGGGAGCAUGUAAUUUUAUCAGUUCAUGAUUCAAAGUUAUCUUUACAGUUGAAGGUAAGCUUUUGUUAAUGUUGUUAUUUUGACUCUUGGAGAGUGUUAAGUUUUUCUUUUUAUCCAUUUGUUUUCUCUUCCUGACUCACUGCAUUCCCUCCCCUCCCCCUCCCUCUUUUUAAGAAAAAAUUCAAGUCUUCAUUAUCGUUCCCAGUUUUUAUUCUAGUCAAAAUUUGCAAUAUGCAUGCAGGUAGAAGGAAAAAUUGACUGGUUCAUUAAU